GACUGACACGCUUCCGUUGCUUUAGAACUUCCACCGUCAUCUCCACCUCACUUUCCCUGCCGAUAACCUAUAGAUCCGAUGCCUGACGGUCUCUGAGCGAAUAGUCACUACAUCCACGCUCCACCUCGCCGUCGAAAUGGACUCGUCACGCACCCAUCGACGCGUCCCCCCGGCCCAGAACUCCACCGCCCAAGCGAUUCAGAAUACAUACGCUCCCGGAGCGUACGACGAGGUUGUCAACGCCGACAUGGAUCCGCCGUGGGACAGUAUGGCCACAGACUAUAACCACUUUGGGCAGAAUGGGUACGGUAGUCUUAUGGGCUACCCGAACCUGCAGAACCCCGCGGCAUACGCAAUGCCGGCCCAAAUAGGUCGGCCCGAGAGCCCGUCGACGACAAUGGUCCGUCGCAACCAGCAGCAGCAGUUAGCUCGGGCCCGAGCUGGACAGUUGAGGGAGUACGACGGCGUCCAGGGGAACGAUGCUCACGAUGUCACCGCGGAGACUGAGGAAGAAGCUCUGGCUAGAGCGAGGAAGGUCAAGGACGAGGCGCAAGCUCAGAGGAAGUCGCUGGUUCCUUUCGUUCAGAAGCUACUCAGCUUCCUGCAGACGAGCGAGUGGAUCCAGCUCAUCCACUGGACGAAGGACGGGAAAGCAUUUGUUAUUACCGAUGAUGAAGCUUUCGCUAAGGACGUCAUACCCAGGAUGUUCAAACAUAACAAUUACCCAUCCUUCGUCCGUCAACUGAAUAUGUACGGAUUCCACAAGCGAGUCGGCCUCGACGAAGGUAGCUUCCACGCGAACGAGCACGGUGUUCGGAUGCCGCACACCUAUGAGCACAAGUACUUCCAGCGCGAUAAGCCUGAGCUUGCGUGGUUGAUCUCUAAACCUCCGCCCAAGUCCAUGACCACGGGCAAGAGAGACACGAAGAGGAAGCGGUUGGCGACAGAUGCGGACGUCGAUGCUUCUGAAGAUGACGUGGAAGACGGCAUGCCGAAGGACGAUAACAUCUCAAUCCCCAGAUCUGAGAUUGUCGGCAUGCGUAAGGACUUGUCGGAGUACCGGCAAUCAAGCCAGACCAUUUCUAUGGUCAUCGCCGAACUCAGGGAGAACAAGAACUUAAAUAAGGCCUUGUCACAGCGAGUCCUCCAUCUCGAGGAGCAGAAUCGCAAGCAAGCUCACGUCCUCAACUCCAUCCUCCAGUUCCUCCAGCUCUAUGCCAAGAAGGAUACGGCUCCCAACCUGACCCAGACUCAAGGCUACGGUCCCAUCUCUCCGCGCCAGAACAAUUCGACUAUGCCCGGUCAAGUGGUGAAUCUGGAAGACAUGAAUAUCGCGGACAUCGGCGCUGCGCUGAUGCGAGCCAACCCGGGAGCCUCAGCGGGGGCACGUGGUCGACGACCUUUCGCCCUGCUGCCUCCCCCCGAAGCGACCAACGACUUCGGCAUCGGGUCUGUCCCUGCCAGCGCCGAUGCAGCCACCAGCUCGCAUUUCCAGAACGCACCGGCGAACAAUGCGAAUAAUGCGAACAGUCUGUUCGGGAACCCCGAUGGCAUCGCAGCCUUCAACAACAUUACCGCCGCCCCGUCUCCGCCGUCACCCCAAACUGUGGUCGAUUCGACUUCUCCAUCCAUGCGGCCCAGUUCUCCCCUCACCAUGAACGGCAGCACCCCUCGCGUCCCGUCCGACCCUCCUCGCCCUUCGCAGCCGAUGACGACCGCCGCUCACCCGUCUACCGCCACGAGCGAACGCACCUCCGUCUCUUCCCGCUCCACGCAGCAGCCUCAGCAGGCACGCAACCAGAUACAACAAACACAGGAACAACGGCAACCCGCUCAACCCAUCGCCUCUACUGCUUCUCGCGCCUCUCCCCCCGCGAACCUUCCCUUCCGCGCACCAAGCCCGCUCUUCGAACUUGGCAACCUCCCACCCACCGAACAAUUCACGCAGCUCUCGUCGCACCUUGACAACCAAGACGAACGCGUGCGCCACCUGCUCUCCCGCGUCGGCUCCUACUCCCCCGGCGGCCGCCUGAACGGCAUUCAAGGCUGGGAAGGCGGUGGUACGACCCCAACGAGUGCUAGCGGAGCUAACCCCGCGGUCGACGACGAUCUCAGUCGCUGGCUUGUCGACGGACAUGGUCCCGAUGGUGCGGAUUACUUCGGAAGUGGGAUCGGCGACGUCGGGAUCGGGGACCAUGGGAAGGAGUUGGAGAUGGACUUCGAUCUGUCGGCAAUGGAUACGGGGGAUGGGGAGGAGUUGUUUGGGGAUGUGGAUGGGGAAGGAGGGAAGGUUGUGGGGAGUGUUGAGAGUAGUGUGAAUUCCCCUGCGGACGCUGCGGUGUGAACUCGCCCGCCGACGCCGAGGAGAAGGCGUGAACAGGAUAGGUCGCAGUCAUGACAGGAUGGGUCACAGCGUCGAUGAAGUCAUGAAGACCUGGAGUUGAUGCGAUGUCCUAGUUGCCUCUCUGUUUUCGAGAGGGUAUAAGGGCGGGAUAGGUAUUCCCCAUAGGUAUUCCCCAUAGCAACGAUUAUGAGACAUGAUAAACAUGCAUAUCACCAAAAAGUCAAUACAUGAUUACCGACAAGAUUG